CUCUGAAGGUCCAGACGCAUUCAAAGCCUCAACAUGCGCUGCAGCAACAUCUGUUUGGGACUGCUGCUAGCCUUGACUGUUGGCCUAAGCCACGCCACACAUUACACGCGAGACGAGAGCAGCGACGGUACAAACACUGAAUACAACUUGGCGUCCACUUUAAGUGGACAUAUCACCACAAAUCGUCACAAUGCUCGCGAGCAUCUGGACUUGACUCAGCAACCCAGCCAGCAAGCAGUUGAUAUUGAUGAUGAGUCAGCGGCUCAUGAGCGUGGCGGUGCAGCUGGCCAUCAUGUGAGAGUAUCACAGCCACCAACUUUGGGCUAUCCAGCAGGAAGUGCUGCAGUGCCACGUUUAUAUCCGAGUCUACCAGUAAGUGGAGCACAACCAACUCAAUUUGGCGGGGUCUCACCAGCGCUUCCAUCGGGUGUGGAUGCUUCAAGCCUUUAUCCAAGCAAAACUCUAGUGCAGCAACCAGUUUUGGGAGUCUAUCCCAGCUUCCCGAGCAAUACUCCAGCGCAACAACCAGGUGUGGCCGGAGCAAGCUUUUAUCCCAGUUUCCCAGGCAAUAAUCCAUUGCAACAACCUGGUGUAGGCGCUGCAGGCGUUUAUCCUGCCAAUAUUCCAUUGCAGCAGCCAUAUAUUCCAGGAUAUCCGGCAGGCUAUCCAGGCCAGUACUUGCCACAAUAUCCAGCGUAUCCAGCCUAUGCACCGCCGCCGCCUAUAAGUUAUCAGAACCAGCAGCACUAUGGACCACAAGGUGAUAUAAGAGGGCGUGAGCGCACAGAUCACAGCUUCCGCAUGAACACAGAGUACAAGGAGAACGGCGUGCACAAAGGACCCUUCGGUGUGCUCAAUAACCAUAGUAAUCAGGGAUAUGGCAGCGGUUUUGGGGGCGGCUAUAAUGGUGUCUACAACAGGCCGGGUUACUGAAAAGCUAAGAAACAUUUGUAUAUAAGUUAUGGUCAUAAGUUAGGCAUACGCUUACCUAGGAAUAAACUUGAUUUUUGCACGCCCAGCCAAAGUAAUUAGCUAUGUACCCCGUUGCACCUUGAGCUCGCACGAGCAAAAGGACAUGAGGACAAUUUCUCAGCUGGUACCCUACCUUACGAACCGGAAA